AUGGAUCUGUUAGUACAUUUGGAAGGCGAGGAACGACAAACUCUUGAAUGGGAAAGACGUAUCCCCAUUGCCACCCUCCAACAUGCGUGUCUUGAGGCGGAAUGUUGGAGGAAGGCUAACGAAAAGGAGGAAGCAAAGGAGGAUCAUGACGAUCCCCCUACUACAGAGAUUGAGACAGUGCCCCCUUGGAUACCUCGAAUCCCUACUUGUCAAAUUGAUGCAUCAUGGAUCAAUAAUGGCAGUGUCAGUGGCUUAGGAUGGAGUCUUAAGGAUCAAAUGGGCUUAGAAUACUUCGGAUUACGGGCGUGUAACAUGAGCCUCUCAGCUUUGCAUGCUGAGAUAGAAAGGUUACUUUGGGCAGCCUCAUGUAUGAGAGAGAAAAUGAUCACGUCGGUAUGGUUUGAGACGGACUGCUCGGACUUAGUGGAUAUGACUACAAACCCGAUGGACUGA